UCCCAGCCGCUGGUUAUGGUCAUCCACGGGUGGUCGGUGGACGGCAUGCUGGAAAGCUGGAUCUGGCAGAUGGUGGCCGCUCUGACGUCCCAGCUGGCGCAGCCAGUGAACGUGGGGCUGGUGGACUGGAUCUCCCUGGCCCACCGCCACUAUGCCGUCGCUGUCCGGAACACCCGCCGUGUGGGCCAGGAGGUGGCAUCCCUUCUCCACUGGCUGGAGGAAUCCGUGCACUUUUCCCGGAGCAACGUCCACCUCAUCGGGUACAGCCUGGGGGCGCACGUUUCAGGAUUCGCGGGCAGUUCCAUAAAUGGGAAGCCCAAGAUUGGGAGAAUCACAGGCCUGGACCCUGCUGGCCCCUUGUUUGAGGGAGCUUCCCCCAGGGACCGUCUUUCCUCAGAUGAUGCCGAUUUUGUUGACGCCAUUCACACCUUUACCCGGGAGCACAUGGGCCUGAGCGUGGGCAUCAAGCAGCCCGUCGCCCACUAUGACUUCUACCCCAAUGGGGGCGCCUUCCAGCCGGGCUGCCACUUCUUGGAACUCUACAAACACAUUGCGGAGCAUGGUCUAAAUGCCAUCCCGCAGACCAUCAAGUGCGCCCACGAGCGCUCGGUCCACCUCUUCAUUGACUCCCUGUGCCACGAGGAUCUGCAGAGCACGGGCUACCACUGCCGCGACAUGGACCGCUUCAGCCAGGGCCUGUGCCUCUCCUGCAGGAGGGGCCACUGCAACACGCUGGGCUACCACAUCCGCCGGGAGCCCCCCGGCAAGAGCAAGAUGCUCUUCCUGGUCACCAGAGCCCAGUCCCCCUUCAAAGUUUACCAUUACCAAUUCAAGGUCCAGUUCAUCAGCCAGAUCCAGAAGCCGGUAGAACCCACCUUCACAAUGUCACUGCUGGGAACAAAGGAGGAAAUGAAGAAAGUCCCCAUCACUCUGGGCGAAGGAAUCACCAACAAUAAGACCCACUCCUUCCUUAUCACGCUGGAUAUGGACAUCGGCGAGCUGAUCAGGAUCAAGUUCAAGUGGGAAAACAGCGCCGUGUGGGCCAACAUCUGGAACACGGUGCAGACCAUCAUGCCGUGGGGCAUACAGCCUCACCACUCGGGCCUCGUUCUCAAGACCAUCCGAGUCAAAGCCGGAGAGACCCAGCAAAGAAUGACAUUUUGCCCAGAAAAUAUGGAUGACCUACAGCUUCACCCAACCCAGGAGAAAGUCUUUGUGAAAUGUGAAGUAAGCGCAAAAAAAACGAAGCGAAAGCUCACACUCUUCGCUGCCCAGACUGUCCUCCCAACCUGCACAGUCAGCCCCCAAGCCCUACAGCUGUCCUGUCCGUCCUCUGCUGCCGCCACGCUGGACGUUCCCGACGACUUUCCAACUCAGCCCCUGAAGCCGCUCUUCCCUCUGACUGCACUGCCUGCACAGUCGUGA